GCGUCCCCGCCGCCGCCUGCUCGGGCGGGCAGGGUGGCAGCGGGAUCAUGGAACCCGCGGAGCUCCGGGAGCCCCGCAAGCCCGGGCGGGGGGCACAGACCGCGGCGGCCCCGUGCUGGGAGGAGACCAAGACUUUCUACGAAAACCUCGCGCCCAAGAAGAAACCCAAAUCGCCCAAGCCUCAGAAUGCUGUUACCAUUGCUGUGUCCUCCCGAGCCUUGUUCCGCAUGGACGAGGAGCAGCGCAUCUACACGGAGCAGGGCGUGGAGGAGUAUGUGCGCUACCAGCUGGAGCAUGAGAAUGAGCCCUUCAGUCCCGGGCCAGCCUUCCCCUUCGUGAAGGCUCUGGAGGCUGUGAACAGGCGGCUGCGGGAGCUGUACCCCGAUAGUGAGGACAUCUUUGACAUCGUCCUUGUGACCAACAACCACGCUCAAGUGGGUGUCCGUCUGAUCAACAGUAUCAACCACUACGACCUGUUCAUUGAGCGGUUCUGCAUGACAGGUGGGAACAGCCCCAUCUGCUACCUCAAGGCCUAUCACACCAACCUCUACUUGUCAGCUGAUGCGGAAAAAGUGCGGGAAGCCAUCGAUGAAGGGAUCGCAGCCGCCACCAUCUUCAGCCCCAGCAGGGACGUGGCUGUAUCCCAGAGCCAGCUGCGCGUGGCCUUCGAUGGGGAUGCUGUGCUCUUCUCGGAUGAGUCGGAGCGCAUCGUCAAGGCCCACGGGCUGGACAGGUUCUUUGAGCAUGAGAAGGCCCACGAGAACAAACCUCUGGCCCAGGGCCCCUUGAAGGGCUUUCUGGAGGCGCUGGGUAGGCUGCAGAAGAAGUUCUACUCCAAGGGCCUGCGGCUGGAGUGUCCAAUCCGCACCUACUUGGUGACAGCACGCAGCGCAGCCAGUUCGGGGGCCCGGGCUCUCAAGACCCUGCGCAGCUGGGGCCUGGAGACGGAUGAGGCCUUGUUCCUUGCAGGAGCGCCCAAGGGGCCCCUCCUUGAGAAGAUCCGCCCACACAUCUUCUUCGAUGACCAGAUGUUCCAUGUGGCUGGGGCGCAGGAGAUGGGCACAGUGGCUGCCCAUGUGCCUUAUGGUGUGGCACAGACGCCCCAGCAGACUGCGCCUAUGAAGCAGGCCCCAGCUGCGCAGUAGCUGAGGCCUGAGACAGGCACGGCUGCCUGUCCGUACUCCACCACGUUGUCCAGUGGACCCUUCUAGUUCCUCACUGCUCUGUCCUUCUGCACGUCUGCCCUCAUCCCCACGAGUGAGGUACUUGCAGGGAGUGAUGCAGACCAAGCCAGCAUCCCCACCAGCCCUCCUUUUCGGCAAACACUGUGCCACGACCCCGGCUAGGAGAGUAAGACUGCAGAGUAGCUGGGUUUUGGGGGCGGGGGUUGAUGGGAACAAGGCUGACAGUGUCAGAGGAGCCAGGCUGCCUCCAAGGGGUCCUGGGAUGAAGACUAGCUCAGUGUGGUGCAGAGAACAUGGCUCUGCUAGAGAAGGCAUCCGGCUUCUAAGCUCUGUCCCGGCAUGAACUGAUGACUUUGGGUAAGUCCCUCCCUUCCAGGGGCCUCGGUUCCGGCGUCUUGUAGGUGGUUUCCAAACUCUCCUGGAGCUGCAGAAGCAUGGUUUAAUAAGAUUGCCCUGCCCAGGGCUGCUGCUAGACCAUAUGGUAUCUUUGUGCAGUUAGAGGAGAGCACUGUCUCGAGAAUGAAUUUCAAAAAGAUGGCCCUUGCUCUGGGCUGACCCAGACCCACGCUGGGGUCCGCGGCUUGCUCAGCAGCACAUAGCCUGUAUCUCAGCCCCUUCGGGCGCCUCAGCUCGGAGGCCUUUGUCGAAUGGGCAAAAUGCACCAUCGUCCGCAGCAACCCUACCUCUACUUCUGCACGGUUUGGAAACCACUGGACAGAGGACCUGUCCGCUUCCCGUGAGCCUCUACUGUGAGUCACCCAUCAGGGGUCAGCUGCCGGGGGCCACGGUUUGCGGAAGGAGAGAGGCGUCAAUUUAACCUGCACGCAAACUCUCCUUCCACCAGCAGGGGGCACUACAGGCUCUUCCCGGGGAGGAGCUUUCGGGACCGCCUCUCAGGGCUUCCUUUGCUUUUGCUUUUAGUCAAAGUUCAGUCGUUCUGCCUUCCAGCCCCCUCACGGCAGCCCUCAGUCCUUCAGUUACUGCAUUCUGCUGUGCUGCCAAGCGGCUUUACCAGCGGGGAAGAGGGAGAGUGUUGGGGUUCACUGUUGUGGGCCCAAAUGCAGGGGAAGAAAGCUCAGUGGCUCAAGUGGGAGGGAGUCCUGCUUGCACCCGAGGGAAGGUCUGCCCAAGGUGACGUGGGAAAGUCUGGUCUGAGGCAGUGACCCAUUAGACAGGAAGGAGCUGAAAGGUGCACUGGCAAGAUUCUCCAGCUGUGGAACUUUGAGUGGAAGGACUGAGCUCUCUGUCCCCAGGAUGCUGUGCAAGGGACUCCAGAAUGAGGAGACCUUCCCUUGCAGCGCACCAGUGAAUCCUCCACCUUGCAGGAGCCUCUGCAGCCCCUUUGUCACCACUUCUAGGGGAGAGCUCUUACUCUUUGAUGAGUCAGCUUCCUCUUUUGCUAACAAGCCUGGCUCUCUCUAUGAACGGAGGGUGGGAACACUGAUGGCUGGUCCCUCAGGAAGACCCAGAAAGGGUGAGCAGCCGUCCGUGAGGGCGACUGAUUGCCCAGCUCCUGGGGCAUCCCAGCUGAAGGAAGCACUUUGUGAAGAAAGCCAAAGGUACCAUCCUAGGGAGCAGGAGCCUGGAGGUGUGUGCAGGAGAGCUGGACUGCUGUUGAGGGUGGGACAAAGAGGUGAAGGGCUCCCUGGGGCCUGACCUUUGUCAUUUUGAGGACUCAGCACAGGAUCUGAAUGGGGCCAAGUUCUGGGCAGUGUAGGGCAGGAUAGUAGUUGCAGAAAGGAGGAAAAAGUGAGGAGACGGAGGUGGUUCACGAAAUGAGCAACAGUUAGGGCCAGAAGAGGAGUGUCGGGCUGGGUUUUCACUCUCUGUGUGGGAAGCUGGGCCUGGGAGGAAGGUCAAGGCCAUGCAGAGUUUCUGGGUCAGAUCCCACCACUGAUCGUCUUAUCACGGGAGGGACAUAUGAUGAUGAUGUCUUUGUACAGGUCUUUCCAGCCACAGCCAGGAUCCUUCUGGCCUCAGGGCAGGGGGCCUGGUUUUGAGUUCUUUCCUCUGCUCCAAGCCUGGCCAGAAAUCCUGAGAGAGGUAAGAACAGCCUCUAGGAAAGAAAGUGAAAGAGAAAGUCAUCUUUGAUCUCGGCUGAGCCAUGAAAGGCCCUCUGUCCUUCCCCCAGUCAGAAUCACCCCCUUGGAUGAGCCUCUAGGGCUCACAGAGCCAGCCAAAGCCAUAAGCAGCCUGCUCAGCUGGCACAGUUGAGGUUCAUAGAAUGAUAUUAGUCUGCGUGACCAGAAUGGAUAUGUACAUUAGGCACCAGAUGGUGCCUAAUUAAGAUAAACUCUAGGGAUUCUGAGAACCAAGAGGUCCUGCCUCCAGGACCUGGUGAUAAACAGCCCUGAUUCUUCCAGGUCUCUCAGGAAGCAGAAAGACACGAUGCUGGAAGCAGAAAGAUAAGAUGCAGUAAAAGCUGUGGAUUUCACUUGAGCCACCAGUAAUAGACAUAGACAGCCCUGGGCAGUGAGAGACACUAGGGUCUGGUUCUAUUACUGAAACCGUAAAUGAACAUCUCGGGCCUGGAAAAAAGAUUUCGGUGGAUGGAGUAAAAGGCCAGAGUCCUGGGGGCAGGGGAGGCCGUGGCCAGACACACGUUCUGAUUCUUUCCAGUGGUGAGGAGGAGCCCCAGGCAAGGAGCAUUAUUUAUUGGAUCCCCGGGCAAAUUAAAACGCCAGGUGAGCAUCACAGCCCGUGCUGGACUGCCGCACUAGGGCGGGGGGCCACAGCUCCUGAAAUGCUGGACCCCAGGAGCCCAAAGCACCGCUCCCCGACAAGUCCCUCAGAGCGCUCCCCAGGAAAUGCUUGCCCACAAAGCCCCAGACCCAAGGGAAACUGCCACUGAGCAGGAAACCAAGUGCUGUUCCUAGGCAUUGAGACUUCGAAGAUCAUUGCAGAGCUGCUCCCUCCUUUCCCUGAGUGCCCAACCAGAAUGGUGGUGAUGUAGCAGGAAGCACCAGGAGAAAUCAAAACCCGUGAGAAGCUCAAAUCCGAGAUGGAGUGACUGGUGGGCACCCGAACACCAAACUGGUGAUUAAAACAUUGAAAUACCUCUAUAACAGUUGCUAAAUAGCGCUGGCCUGAGCCCCUGAGUGCCCCUCCAUGGCCUCUCCUGCGCUCUCUCCACUGUGACGACACCAUCUUCCCACAAUUCAGCAAAAAGGGCAUCCUGGAGGCUGCACUGGCACAGUGACUGUCGUCCGCUCUAUUUGCUCGUCUAGAGAGAGAGUAACCUGCCCAAAGUCACUCAGCGAGUGGCAGCACUGGCAGUGAGCCCAUGUCUGUCUCUUGGGAGCCAGACUCUCAGUCAUUCUGCCGUUCAGCCCAGACAGCAUAGAGGAGGCAAGAGAAGCUUCGUGACAAAGGAGCUUGCCCAACAGUUAGCAUGUUGACCUCCUUCCUGUAAAACUGCUAUAAAACACGCGGGUAGGUACAUUGCUGUUGUAGUGUCCUAAAUAGCUAGGAAGAAUUUAAAUUAGAGCCAGACAUUUGCAGAACUGCUGAAGCACCACCCAACUUCUCUGGAACCCAGUUUGAAAGCCCUCAUAUGGGGCCCAUGCCGGGUUUGGCAAAUUAUGGGCCAAAUCUAGCUCACCACCUGUCUUUGUAAAGAAACUUUUGUUGGAACACAGCCAUGCCCAUUGGUUUUGCACACAGCAGCAGAGUCAAGUUGUUUCAACAGAGACCAAGGAGCCGAAAAUAUUUAUCUGAGCCUGGGCUAAGGCCAACAUCCGCAGCCUGCCCCAUAGUGGGAGAGACCAGCUCAUACCCACCUGAGCACUGGAAGCAGAGGCUGGUUUCACUGCCAAGGGGGCAGCAUGUGCGGGCUCCGUGCCCAUGUGCGGGCAUCGUUAGGGCUGCAGAAAAUUGCAGGCACUAGCUGAGUACCGUGAUGUUGAACACAACAGAUCCUUGGCAUCGGAGGAUUUCAAAUGUCAAGUUUUGACUCUUUCCAAGUGCCCCAUAGCCAGUUGUCAUUUGAAAUGUUGUUGACUCAAAGUUGACUCGAGUGUGCCCUCCUCAGCUGCUGGAUGAGGGGCAGGGAGCAGGACCCCUGGCUAGGGCUGAGCCCAGCUGGCUGUCCUGCACCUGCUCAGCGUGGCUUUGUUCUCAGCUCCUCACCGCCCUCAUGGGCCUCUUGGGAAGUGACAAGUGCUGGUAGAUGGAGGGGCUUUAGCUAAAUAUUGAUUUUGGUUAAAAUGGAGUGCCCGAUGUUGACUUCACUCCAAUCUAACAAGUCAUCCAUAUGCUCUCUGUGGAAGCAAGAACAAGUUCUUCAUGAAGACAGUUCCAGCGAGGUCUUUAGCUGGCCCAGAAGUUACCGAUUAAGCAAAAGAUAAAACUCCAGUGAAAGUCAAAAUGGCAAUCUUCUUGUGCUGUGUGGGUGUGAGCAACACACAUACCCUCAUGGUGGAACUGUGGAUCAGGAGAAAUCUAGGACCCUGCAGAUACAGGAGUUUACCCAGGUUCCAGGAUCCGCUGUAAGAAAGGCAAGCGUGGAAGUGGUCCCACCUAUAGACACCACUGUUCCAUCAUGAUACUCUUGUCCCCUAAGCCCGGACUUGGCUUCAGAAUCCUUCUCAACCCAGCAUUACGGGCAGCCCCUACCAGCAAGUCGGAGUUGGCACGGAAGAUGAAACUCUAUUUUGACAUCCCUAUUGGUGUUGGGUACUGCUUUCCAGAGGGCAUGCAAGGCCCUGAAUGUUCACUCUCUGAUGGCACAGUACCACUCAGGAUGCGGAGGUCUCACCCAACUCAGGCAGGACACAAAGAAGAGGGAGGAUGGCAUCCUGGGGUUGGCGGCUUUCCAGCACUGGGUGCCUAGCCAGGAAACCAUGGGUGUUCUCUGGGUUUCACGCUCAAGGCGAAGCACGGAAACCCCUCCCAUCAGUAGGUGGCGCUAGAGGCCAGCACUCUGCCGCUGGCCAAAGCUUGUGGUUUUCUUCACUGGUUAAUUUUCUCUCCCGUGGUACUUGGUGCUGUGCUAGACUCCCUCAGGUAGCUUAGCCUAAAAGCACUAUACGUGCUCUGAAAAUCUCCUGUGUGACAGGCUGAUUGCUCCUACCAGCAAUCACUGUGUGUGUAUGGACACAUUCAUCAGUGUGUGCAACAGGAUAAAAGCUGCGUGUGUCCAUGUUUACAUGGGUGUGUAAUGGGUCAGAUAUCUCUGCUGACAACUCUGUGUGUGUGUGUGUGUGUGUACAGUGGACAGGUUGGUUAUCUCUGUUAACUAAGGAUCCUGGGUCCCACAUACUUACGGCCAGCCCUGUUUCCUGUUUCCUGGGACUGCUUCUGGCCAUUCCCAUCAUCUCAUGGCCAUUUGCACAUAUGCAGCAUGAAGGCCACUGAGGCCAAGUUCCUUAUCUUUCUUUCCAGCUUCCAGACUCUGGCCAACAAGGUCUUGGCUCCUAACUCUCUGCCUCCCAGCCCUACCCCCUGCAGCCUUGGAAAGGAAGUGGCAGAAUCUGUGCUAGGACACCCCUUUUGGCUGCACCUGCCUCACCAUCUCCAUUUGUUUCUUUCCUCCUGCUGAUAGUCCCAUGGCCAACGUGUGCAGUUGGGCAGAUUGUAUACUGCACAAAUCCAGAUGGAGUCAUUCACACUAUGACUUGAGUGGAGCUUUCUAAACACCUGCAAAACCUGCCAACCUCCCAUGGCUGCUCUGGUCAUCUCAUGGUCCUGGCUAGAAAAGUUGCCUUCUUCCCUGCCUCCCUGGCCCAGCCCAGCCUAGGCUGGAAUUCCUUCCUCUGCUUGGGUGUUCUAGUCUGGCCCAGAAGUGACUAACCCUUGACCUUGAUCAGGAAAUAUCUCCUGAUACCUUUGGGAUUGAAUUUAGGAAAGUGAAGUAUGGCUGGCAACUUUUCAGUUACUCAGUUUUGCAGAGUUAGUGGUCCUUGUAAGACAAACUGAAGUUCUAGAGACUAGGGUUACUGCCUUCCACACUCCUGGCCUGAGGGUGAAGAUGUCUUCAUGAGCCCGCUGGUAAGAUGGGUCUGCCACGGAAUUAGGGGAGGGCCUCAAGGCUAAGCUUGGAGCUGCCACAGAGUAGAAAAUCGUGAGGUCACCACAGACUGGAUGUCUAGGCCUGGUCGCAAACCCUGAUGCCUCCCGGGGCCAGGUGGGAGACGUAAGUGAGCAGGGAGAUGAGGCUGGGUCUUUAGGGUAAUGGAGCAUACACACGCUGUUGCCUGACACGGUUGCUGCCGUGUGGGAAUGUGUGGUGCUCUUGCCAGAUAGUCCACUCCAGUUUUCAAGAGAAGCUAAAAAUCUGGACUUUCAAAUGUUGGCAACUAUUUUGAAUUUGGAAGGCCUUGUGCAGGCCAAACAAAACACAUCUUGCAGGCUACAGCCAGCCCUGGAGUCUCCUGUCUGCACCCUCUGGCCCAGGCCCAGUGAACUGAGUUCUUCAGAACCGACUAACUGAGCGUGUGAGGAUAUUACCCUCAGGCUCACAGAGUUUGGGGUCUCUAAGAGACCUCAGAGAUAUCCUAGUUAAUCCCUGUGUGUUUUAAACUGUGUACAUAUAAAGUUCUUUAUUAACACAUGCAUCUUUAGCUUCUGGUUUCUACUUAAAAGCCUCUCAGUCCCCCCCACCCCCCAGCCACCUUCAGUGAAGUACAAGAUCGAAAGUGAAGCCUUACACGUAGUGUGCUUGUAUCAACCUGUCAGAAGCCCUAUUUAUAUCUUUAUAGGUCUAUUUAUAUCUUUAGCAAACACGGGCUGCCCUGGUCUUCCUUACAACCUAACCUCCUUGGGGUUGCUUUUUAUGGUAAAUCUCCUAAGUGCCUCCUUAAACGGUUGGAGCAUGUGCUUCUUCAUCUAUGUGAGUUCCCUUGUCUGAAGAGGGGGUUAGACAGCUCAUACCUCCUCAGUUCUGCCCCUUCUUGGUCUGCGGUCAGCUCUCCCCACGCCCCGCUCCGUCUGGCUCCCCGCACUUACCCGGUCACAUGAUGGAGGGUGCUGCGGGCUCGUCAGCGUGGAUGCUUCUCGUUCCUCCUGCUUGUCCUGUAACUGAAGUUCACAACGUGGGCUUCUGCCUCUUAAAAGCCAUUCAAAUAAAUA